CUCUGCUUUUUGCUGCAGGAGUGUCGAAUUGCACAUCCCAUUGUCAAAUGCACUUACUGUAGGACCGAAUUUCAACAGGAAAGCAAAACCAACACAAUAUGCAAGAAAUGUGCUCAGAACGUGAAGCUCUAUGGAACGCCAAAACCUUGCCAGUACUGCAAUGUAAUAGCAGCAUUUAUUGGCAACAAGUGCCAGCGCUGUACGAACUCAGAGAAGAAGUAUGGGCCACCCCUCUCCUGCGAACAGUGCAAGCAACAGUGUGCAUUCGACAGGAAGGAUGAUAGAAAGAAGGUGGAUGGGAAGCUGCUGUGCUGGCUGUGUACAUUGUCCUACAAACGGGUCUUACAGAAAACCAAAGAGCAACGCAAACAUCUAAGCAGCUCUUCACGGACGAGCCUGCAAGAGAAGGAGCAGUUCAGCAGGCUCAGCAGUGGCAGCCACUACAACAGCCAGAAAACCUUAUCCACCUCCUCUAUUCAGAACGAAAUUCCAAAGAAGAAACCCAAGUUUGAGGCCAUAUCAGCCAACGGUGACAGCUUUUCUCCAGACCUUGCCCUGGACUCCCCUGGCACGGACCAUUUCGUUAUUAUCGCCCAGCUGAAGGAAGAAGUGGCCACUCUGAAAAAGAUGCUGCACCAGAAGGAUCAGAUGAUCUUGGAGAAAGAGAAGAAGAUCACAGAGCUAAAGGCCGACCUGCAGUACCAGGAAUCCCAGAUGAGGGCAAAAAUGAACCAAAUGGAGAAGACACACAAGGAAGUCAUGGAGCAGUUACAGGCCAAGAACAGAGAACUCCUGAAGCAAGCAGCUGCCCUAUCCAAGGGCAAAAAGCCUGAGAAGUCAGGAGCAAUAACCUCCCCUUAAAACAAACUGGGAGCUUCCCCAGCAUUAACCCAGGAGGGCUGUCUGUUCGGCUGGAAUCCAAACCUCAGUCUUGUUUCUGUCCUAUUGCUAUGGACUCGAUGGAACGCCUGGUGUCUGUUGCCUUUCGACAGCAUGUUUGAGUGUGUCUGGUUUCAAUAUCUGUUGAAUACUGUUAUAUAGUAUAGUGAUCCAUGGGGAGCGGUGUACCCACACAUCUUGCUGUCCCCCAGGCCCUGGAACUAAUGGUCUCCAGAAGAGACCUGUUUGGGAACAGGUAUUACCACUGCCACUUCAUACAUUAAAAAACAGGGAUCCUGUUGUGUUGGAGACCCGUCUCUGCAGUUUAAAAUCUGCUGGGCUGAGGCACAAUCCAUUAUUGCCUGUUUUUCAGGCUUGCCAAGAGUUUUGGGGGCAUGGUCACAGCUUUAUUUUCAAGUGUUUUGUGCCUCCUUUGAAGGGAAGCUCUGAAAUCGCCUUCCCCAGAGAGAAAGCGGGGCAGCAUGCUGAUCUGCCUGGAACAGUUAUCAAUCUUUCAAAAACUGUUCCAAAAUCCGGGGUAGAGAUUUAUCUUGGGUUUUUUAAAUAUUGGCUUGGCAAACCUAACUGCCUGUUUUGAUCACCUUUGGUUUGAGAGUCUUACAAAAUAAUUGUGCAUAACCAUAUGGUGGCCCUAUGGGGCUCUAGUUAGUGGCUUGGGCUAAUCUAACUUCUCUGGCACUGCAGUAAAGACAGAAGGAGAGCUUGAGGCUGUCUUAGACACCCUCUCCCCUCCCCAGUCCUGGAUCAAGUUGAUCCUUUUAUGUCUUCUCCUCUCCACCCCGCUUCACUGAUGUCAGAUGUAGGAUGAGGCUGGUUACAAGAAGGGAGUUCAGUCAGGUCAGUAAUGAGACAAAGUAGGAAGUGCUUUGUGGGUGCUGGACAGAGAAGCCCCCAACCUCUAUUCCCAACAAAAGCCAGCAGGAUAAAAGAGCUGAGAAGGUUCUCUGCUUUGCAGAAACAUUCUGACUUCAGAAGCAGAGGCCAUAAACAGCUCCAGAAAGGUCAGCUAGAAUGUGUAUUCCUAAUCCACCCUCAUUAGAGGAGAGUUGAGCUCUGCAGCUGUCUGAGCCCUGCCCUCAGGGCAUCUCUUAGAGGGGAUAAAAAACACUCAGCCGUUAGGGGGAAACGUGCAGAUGGGCUCUCAAGUCAGCAGGUUCCAGGCCAGGUUACUCCAUGGAAUCCUGGUGGCCAGCCCUAUUCACACAAGGUGGAGAGAGUGCUCAGGAGUUGGAGACCCUACCUCAGGGGAGAUGGGGAAAGAAACUACCUUAAUGUUGACAGGCACCAAAUGGAAAGAGAUGAGACACUGACCCUUUGAGACAGGGCUAGCUGCUCUAGCUGGGUUUUUAUUAAUCUUUUUAAGUAGAGAGUUGCAGGGUUUUGGUUUUUUUUUUUAUUAAGAUGAAUUUAUUCAAUGGCACUUUUCAGACGUUGUUAGCUUUGAGCAUGGAAGAGCACAUUGAAGCAUCAGAUACUGUCAUGCGGUUUUGGUUUUUAAAAAGACUUUAGGAUGCUAAGAAAUCAUUGCACUUAGCCAGAGUGUGACAGCUGGAAAAAAAAACCCAUCUAAUUUUAUACUUCACAUAUUUUUAGAAAAAGUCUGAAAUGUAUCAAUAGGAUUUUUUUUUAAAAUGGGGGCUUUGCUUCUUAGCUUCCCUCAGGACACAGAAAUAAUAAUCGAGGAAGAAGGGCCUUGUAUAUACAAUGUUGGGGUUUUUUUUAAUAGUGACACAUUGAUCAUGCAACCGAGUAGCCGAUGUUUUGUAGUAAUAAUGUUGUUUCUUUGUAUGUUUGUAAUAAUGGAGAUUUUAAAGGGAUGCUUUGAUUUGUACAAAACUCUGACAAACGUUAAAAGUGUUUUAAACAAAAUCCUCUUGAGCUGUGUGAUAUUUUCUGUUUGCCUUUUUUGGGCUGAAUCCCUAAAAGCAUCCUUAGCUCUGACCUGGCACUGAUUUGUCUGCUGAAUCCUGGCUGUGCACUUGAAGCACAAUGGUUUAGUGGUGCUAGUCAUGGGUGUAGUGUGUGUGGAGAAAUGAACAGCAUUUUCUUUA